AUGGACCUGAGUGGUGGCACAUUGGAGAUAGUUGUCUCUGCUGUUGUGAUCUCUAUCAGUGUGCCUGGAAAUAUAUUGUUGAUUUACUGCACAAGGAGAUGCAUCGAUGAGCAGUUGCGAACCUCAUUCACACUUAUUUUCAGUCUUGCAUGGACAAAUCUUAUAUACAAUUUGGUGGUGAAUAUCUUGAAGAUUGUUUAUGCCUCUAAUGUUGAGUUGGAUUCAGCCGUCUGCAAAGUUCUUAUGUUCACAGCAGUUUUUACUACUUCUCUAGCCAUAUGGUUCACAUUAUACAUUGCUUUGCUCUUCUGUUCUAAAUUGUGUCGAGUGGUGCAUCCACCAGUUGAAGCUGCAUGCAAAAACUAUCAGAAGUUUCACAUGGUACUAGUUUUUACUCUCUGGGUUGCUGGUGUUGCAGUGUGCUGUCCAGUUUUACUAUAUACAAGAAGGAUUGAGAAGCUGAAUACAGAAAAUGAAACUUACCAGCAAUUUAGCAGUUUAAUCUAUACUGAAUGCAAGACGGAAUACAGAAAUGACCUGAUAGAGAUUUUAUAUGGAAAAAUAUUUCUAGGUGCUAUCAAUCUUCUUCCACUGUUAAUUAUGCUCCUUACUGGAUUCCGAAUAGUAUACCUCCUUUGGGAACACAGGAAGGCAACUUAUGGUGGCAUAUGGAUUGGGGGUGAUGCUUCUGAACUUGAGGUCGUAAGAGCGUGUAAAAUUAUUCUGUUAUUAAUAUUUGUUAUUACGUCAUUCUGUGUUUCUUACUUUAGCCUAGUUUACUGCCUGAAGAAUUUUAAAUCCUGUUACUUUGCACCACCAGUCCUGACAGUUUUGUCUUCAGGAUACUCAUCUGUCAGCCCUUAUCUGCUUAUGUUGAUUAACUACAAAGUAAUAGUGAGAAUGAGAUGUUUCUGUUGUAAGGAUGAGAAGAAACUGGUAACUGUGUCAGCUAUAGCUCCUGUUUCUCCAUAUGCUUAG